UGUGUGUGUCUGAUGAACGGUUAGUGAUUGUAGUUAUUUAAAGAUCUAGGAACGGAAGGCUGUUGGACCGGAUGCUGGUGUAGAAUUUCUCAUCUCCAGCAGAGAGGACGAUCGAGCGAAUCAUGGACGCGGUGCUUCAUCUCAUGAACGAUACGGCACAAUUCUACACGUGGAGCCUUACAAUAGCAGAUAAAAGGGUGGAGCGAUGGCCGAUGAUGUCAUCACCACUGCCCACUCUGGGCAUCAGUGCUCUAUAUUUGCUCUUCCUGUGGGCGGGGCCACGCUACAUGCAGCAUGGCGAGGCCUUCCAGCUCCGCAAAACCCUCAUCGUCUACAACUUCAGCAUGGUUCUGCUCAACUUCUACAUCUGCAAAGAGCUGCUGUUGGGCUCCAGAGCGGCGGGUUACAGUUACCUGUGCCAACCUGUUAAAUACUCCAACGAUGCCAACGAAGUCAGGAUAGCAUCUGCGUUGUGGUGGUACUACAUCUCUAAAGGGGUGGAAUUUUUAGACACAGUGUUCUUCAUCAUGAGGAAGAAGUUCAACCAGGUCAGCUUCCUGCACGUCUACCACCACUGUACCAUGUUCAUCCUCUGGUGGAUCGGUGUCAAGUGGGUUCCUGGAGGCCAGUCGUUUUUUGGAGCGACGAUAAAUUCUGGGAUUCACGUUGUGAUGUACAGUUACUACGGUCUCGCUGCUGUGGGUCCUCACAUGCACAAAUACCUGUGGUGGAAGAAACACCUCACCAUCAUCCAGAUGAUUCAGUUCCACGUGACUAUCGGCCACGCCGCUCACUCUCUGUACUCGGGCUGUCCGUUCCCGGCGUGGAUGCAGUGGGCGCUCAUCGGCUACGCCAUCACCUUCAUCAUCCUCUUCGCCAACUUCUACUACCAAACCUACCGACUGCGGCCACGUUCCAAGUCACACAGGGCCUCGUCCAACGGCGUCGCGGCGUCCGUCACCGCGCUGACCAACGGUUCAGCCAAGAGCUCGGGGCACGGCGAGGAGAACGGCGGCGAACAGAAGAGAGGAAGAAGAAAGCGAGAGUGACGGGGAGGAUGGAGGAGGGUUGGUGUAUAUAACCGGUACUGAUGGACUGAUGGGGAGGUUUGGAGGGAUGUAGGGAGCUGACAGGGCGAGCGGCUAGAUCUCGUUUACACUGCGGAGAGCUUGAGAAAAAUUAGCGCGCUGCCACGUUACUUGAUUUUAAUGAUUUUUUAAAAUUUGUAUUAUGUUUUUUUUCUUUUUUGAAGGGCAAACUGGAUCAAAAUUUUUCUAAUUUGCUAGUAAACAUGGCUACUGGUUUUAUUUUAAUAUAAUUAUCAAGCUAAUGUUAGUGAGAUGCUGCUGGAGAGAAAACAGUGACAAAACAAUCGUUUAUUCAUUUAUUGUCUGUUUUAUCCUGGUCUGGGUAGUGGUGAGUCCGGUUCCACCAGAAGGAAAAACAAUCAUGAAUGCCCCCCCCCCCCCCCCCCUGUCUAUGUCUAUAUAGUGGAAAGGAACCAGGAUCAGGUCCCGGCAGAAACUCAGAACUCUGGUAUGAGUAUUAUGUUAAUAAUAAAACAUUAUUAUAAUUGUUAUUAUUAUUAUUGGUUUGCAUAGAAAAUAUAUAGAAAUAAUUCAUUAAUGAUUAAGCUUUCUGUAUAUUUUAUGGUACCGCUGCUGUAAAAAAUA